AUGAAAUUCCAAAUUGCAGUCUUACCCCGUUCUUAUCAGCUCAAAAUCCUUACCAUGUGGCCCACUGAUUAUUUCACAGAGAUGGCCAAGACUGACCAGCAGGUACAGAAGAUUCGACUUAUGCUGCAGGCUGAACAAACUGCCAUGGAGGGAUCUGAGAAAGCUGAACAACUGCGAGCACUUUGGAAAUAUGGAAAGAAGGUCCAAACAGAGGUCCUUCAGAAGAGGCAGCAAGAGAAAGCACAUAGGAUGACUACCACUGAAAAACACCAGGAAGGUUUCUCUGUGAAAGUGGAUUUCCUGGAGGGAGAUGAGAAACCUGUCGAAUGGAAUCUGGAGGAGGGCUCCAAAGGCCAGCAGCUGAAUAAGGGUCCCAAUGCCAAAUGACACUAUAGAAAUCAAAAGUUUGUUUUUGGCGGAAAGAAGAAAGGCUCCGAGUGGAACAUGCGAGAGAGUUAUGAUGAUGUAUCCAGCUUCCAGGCUAAUAAAGCUCAUGGCAAGGGCCUUGAGAGGCCUGGGAAGAAAGGAUCCAAUGAGAGACCUGGAAAAAGAACAAGAGAGAAAAUGCAUCUUGUAUACAAAGAACAACACAAAGAGACAAAGGCUUGGAAAAGCGAAGUAUCAUCUCUUUUUGUCUAA